AUGGGCUAUCUUCCCGAGAUUCUCAGCGAUACCGUCCUCACAUCCACGCCGAAGUGGCCUGUCAAGCCAUCUAGUUCAACGACGAUCAAGCGAGGCUACACGGAGGCCUGGUAUCGACAAUGCCAAGCUAGUGGAGUAGGCGAAUAUGCUCCAGGAAAAUGCUUCUCUGUUGUUGGAAGCUUCCCAUCGAGCAGUAUAUUCCGAGAGUGUGAGCGAGAGGCUGAGUCUGGCAAGAUGCCAGUCGUCCCAAUGCCCCUUAGCGCUAUAUACGUUCCCUUCGUUUACAACCGGGAAAAUGGUAGCACCGGAGGGCUUGAGAAUAUCGAGAAGCGUGAAAUGUCUGCCGUUGCAUCUCCGUUGAUCGAAUCUUCUAUCAGCGCCAAAAAGUAUGGAGGCCGCCCGUUGCCCACCAGGAUCAAGUUUCAAGAGAGCUGCAAGGGCCUUGCCAUACGACAGAAGGACUUCAUCGCUUCUGAUGAAGCACACGAGGGUCUCUACAUCGAUACAUCCGCCGUCCUUGCUCGAGCAGACGAGUUCCGCAACAAUGUCAUCGCCGCCCUGACUUCUGGCCGCAAAUCUUCGUCUGAUUCCUGCGACUCGAGACCUUCACAUGAUGAGCUUCCGUUCGUCUGCAAAUGGGUCGACUAUAGCAGGAAACAUGGCAUAGGGUAUGUUCUCGCUGAAGGUAGCGUCGGCAUCAUUGCCAACCAUACCAGCGUUAUGCCCGUCAUGCAUACAGUUGUGGAAAACGGUUCUGAAUAUUUCAAGACGACAAACGACGGUGUUGCAGUCCAGGCCGUCCCAUACAACUUCUUCAUGCAAGCUGACGAUGGUAGUUUGGAAGAAGUUACUUUGACUGGUAUGGUCCGCAGGCAACAUACCACCUUAUGGGCCAAAUUCGCACGGUACAUGUGCAAGCAGCUCAACACACCGAUGGCGGGAGCCUCCAGUAAAGAGGGAAAGCGACCGAUCACAAUCGUGCGCUUCUAUCAGCGCGUGGGCAACAUUAGCUUCAACUUUCCCGAUCACACAAAAAUUGUCCUCUCCGCUGAUGGCAUCCACGCCUCCUUCACUGUGCUACCACUCUCCGCGGUUGAGCAUAUAAAUAGCGAUUCAACCCAUCUCUCUGUCGAUUUUAUCAAGGCCCGCAAAGCUGUCUCCGGCACUCUUGCCCAACUGCUGUACGGUACUCAGCCCAGUGCCGACUUGACCUCCAAGUCCAGCACCUCAAGCAAUGAGACGAACGUAAUAGCGUUGACUGCGGCAAAUGCUUUGCCAGACAAGCUGCGUUUCGUCGUUGAGUUAGUAGGCCAUUGGAUUUCUGGAGGUGGUCUAGGUUGCAAGCCUGCAGGAACGGAAUGGGCGGUGUGGGAAGGCACGACGCUGGAAUACGCCGGGGAGAGUAAGUCGGACUGGGUUACAGUUGGUCGAUUCGGAGGUGAUGAACAGGCACAGGGAGAAAAGAGAGAUUAA